AUGUUUGCCCCCUGUUGUGUAGGCAGUGCCGGAGGUGUUAUCAGCCACUCUGUUAAUCCAGACCAUACCUGGAUGCAUCAAGGACGCAUUGAAGUCAUCCCAUACAGCUUGUACCUUUGUACAGUUUCGUCAUUAAAUGCUGCGAAAUAUUGUCAAAUGGUAGACACCCGCGCUGGGGGCAACUUUAUGAAAAGGACGAUGCUCUCUCUGCAACGUAGGAGUCCAAUUACCUGGACGGCGGAGCCAAACGUCAAUUAUCUGGAACUGCACUUGCAGGAUUCUGCCUUCGGCUUGGGUUCAGUAGUUUCCGGUGGGAACCCUUCAAUCCAGUCCAGUCCAGCCAUAACCAAUAUCACAACACUCCUAAGCCAUGGCGAACAAAAUAGGCAUUAG